AUGGCUAACACACACAACGUGACUGAAUUCAUUUUCCUGGGACUUUCUCCCAGUCUGGAGGUGCAGAGAGUUUGCUUUGUGAUAUUUCUGCUAUUGUACACAGCAAUUGUGCUGGGUAAUUUCCUCAUUGUGCUCACUGUCAUGACCAGCAGAAGUCUUGGUUCCCCCAUGUACUUCUUCCUCAGCUACCUGUCCUUUGUGGAGAUCUGCUACUCUUCCACAACAGCUCCCAAACUCAUCUCAGAUCUGCUGGCUGCAAGGAAAGCCAUAUCUCUGUGGGGCUGCAUGACACAGCUUUUCUUCAUCCACUUCUUUGGUGGCACUGAGAUUUUCCUGCUCACCAUGAUGGCCUAUGACCGCUACGUGGCCAUCUGCAAGCCCCUCAACUACACCACUAUCAUGAACCGGCAGAUGUGUGCCAUCCUCGUGGGAAUAGCAUGGGUGGGAGGCUUCGUGCACUCCUUUGCCCAAAUCCUCCUCAUUUUCCACCUGCCAUUCUGUGGCCCCAAUGUGAUGGAUCACUAUUUCUGUGACCUGCUCCCCUUGCUCAAACUUGCCUGUGUUGACACCUUCUUCAUCGGUCUGCUGAUUGUUGCCAAUGAAGGAACCCUGUCUGUGGUCAGCUUUGGGGUCCUCUUAGCGUCCUACGUGGUAAUCUUGCUCCAUCUGAGGACCUGGAGCUAGCAGGGGUGGCGCAAAGCACUCUCCACCUGUGGGUGCCAUGUCACUGUGGUUAUGUUGUUUUUUGGGCCCUGCAUCUUCAUCUAUCUGAGGCCUUCUACCACUCUGUCUGCAGACAAGUUGGUGGCUGUGUUCUACACAGUGAACCCGCUCCUCAACCCUGCCAUCUACUCCCUGAGAAAUACUGAAGUGAAAAAGGCCAUGAAGAGUCUAUGGAUCAGGACAAUGAAACUAGGUGAGAAAUAG